AGAUUCGCAGCUUUGAGUUAUUGCUGGGGCGGCAAUCAGACAAUGCAAUGCGAGACGUCUACACUAGAGGUAUUCAGAAAGGAUAUUCCCUUUGAAAAGCUACCUAGGACCAUACAGGACGCCGUCAAAGUCUGCUCGCAGCUCGGAGUCAAUUAUAUCUGGGUCGAUGCUCUCUGCAUCAUUCAAAAUGAAGGGAACGACGAGAAGAUUCUGGAAAUUGCAAAGAUGCCAUACAUCUACGGUCAAGCUUCAUUCACCAUUAUGGCAUCCAGAGCCAAGACUGCGUGGGAAGGGUUUCUCCAGGACAGAGAGUCAUUCUCAAAGUCCGAUCUAUCAUUUCUUCUCUCGUGGCAAUCCGAAAAGGGCGAAAAGGGAUCGAUUACCCUCACCGAGAUGGAGACAGGGCAUGAACCUAUCGACGAGCGGGGGUGGACUUUUCAAGAACGCCUAUUGUCUCUACGAAUUGUUGAGUUCGGGUCUCGGCAGACGCGAUGGACCUGUCAAGAACCGAUUCCAUCGAUCACUGGGAACGACAAGCUAUACGGUCUCGGCGUCGGUGAGGGGGCAACCGACGGCUGGAGAAAGAUCGCAGAGCCCAAUGAUCUGAGGCAGGACUCCUUCAACUGGGGCCACUGUUCAAAGACCCCAUCCCCGUGGGGUGCUCUGGUAGACAUUUACACCAGCCGUACUCUGUCCUUCAACACUGAUCGUGCUUUGGCCAUGUCGGGAGUCGCGGAGCGCUUCGCCGUGUUGACUGGCGAUGAGUAUGCCGCUGGUCUCUGGAAAAGAAGCAUUCGAGAUGAGUUGCUCUGGAGAGUGGAGCAGAAUGAGCGAAAGAAUCGGUCUACGGUCUAUCAGGGGCCUUCAUGGUCGUGGUUCGCCGUUAAUAGUAGUGUG